GCCCCCGCGCGGCCAAUUAGGCCCUCCGGAGUCCGAGGACAGUCACCGGUCCGGCGCUGUCCCAGCUGGUGACACCUCAGCGGCGUGGGGGCGGAGCGGUGCUAGCUCGGCGUCCGUGUCCUGGUCCCGUGGACGAGGGGAAGGCUCUGCGGGCUCUGGCCUCAGUGGACUCCGCUUCUCCUAAGAAAUAAACUUCACGGAAGACUGAUGAACUUCUAAACCAUGGCCCGUCUCCAGCCUGGUUGAUGGAAUGGCCCACUUCUGAGCUGAGGUGAACCGAGCUUUUAAUACCAACGCUUAGGAGGCAGAGGCAGGUGGAUCUCUAUGAGGCCAGCCUGGGCUACACAGUAGCAGUGAUGUUCAGUGAUGUAUCCAUAGCCUUCUCCCAGGAAGAGUGGGAGUACCUGGACCUAGCACAGAGGGAUCUGUACAAAGACGUGAUGAUGGAGAACUACCGAAAUGUGGCCUCACUGGCAGGGUGCUUCAUUUCUAAACCAGAUGUGAUUUCCUUGCUGGAGCAAGGGAAAGAGCCCUGGAAGGUUGUGAGAAAAAGAAGACGAAAUCCAGAUUUGGAAACUAAGGAUAAGACCAAUCAGUCAUCCUCAGAAAGCGGCAUCUAUGAAGUGAAUUUAUCCCAAUGGAAGAUAAUGGAAAGAAUUGGCAACAGUGGCCUGAAGGGCCUUAUUUUAAAAAAUGAGUGGCAGUCCAAAAGAAAACAUGAAUGCCAAGAGGGAUCUCAGGAGGGAUAUCUCAGACAGAUGAAAAUCACAUCUGAACAAAUGUCCUCUUACCAAAAGCGUACAUUUGCUACACCACGUCAGAGAAUCCAUUUUGGGGAGAAACCCUAUGAGUGUGAUGAAUGUGGGAAGGCGUUUAGAGUCCGCCAACAGCUUACUUUUCAUCAUAGAAUUCAUACUGGUGAGAAACCCUAUGAGUGUAAGGAGUGUGGGAUGGCUUUUAGGCAGACUGCACACCUUACCAGACAUCAGAGACUUCAUUCCGGUGGAAAACUAUACGAAUGUAAGGAGUGUGGGGAAGCGUUCAUAUAUGGCCCAGACCUUAGAGCACAUCAGAAGAUUCACACCGGGGAGAAGCCCUACGCAUGUAAAGAAUGUGGGAAAUCCUUCAGGGUACGGGGACAACUUAGUCUCCAUCAGAGGAUCCACACUGGUGAGAAGCCCUAUGUGUGUGAAGAGUGUGGGAAGGCUUUCAGGCAGUGUGCACACCUCACUCGACACCAGAAGCUUAAUACUGUGGACAGACUCUACGAGUGUAAAGAGUGUGGCAAAGACUUUCUGUGUGGCUCUGGCCUUAGAGCACAUCACAAACUUCACACUGGUGAGAAGCCCUAUGAGUGCACGGACUGCGGGAAGGCCUUUAGAGUUCGGCAGCAGCUGACACUGCAUCAGAGGAUCCACACGGGUGAGAAGCCCUAUGAGUGUAAUGAGUGUGGGAAGACCUUUAGUCGGGGUUAUCAUCUCAUUCUCCAUCACAGAGUACACACAGGGGAGAAGCCCUAUGAAUGCAAGGAGUGCUGGAAGGCGUUUAGCCGAUACUCACAGCUUGUUUCCCACCAGAGUAUUCAUAUCGGCGUCAAGCCUUACGAUUGUAAGGAAUGUGGGAAAGCCUUUAGACUGCUCUCACAGCUCACACAGCAUCGGAGCAUUCAUGCUGGCGAGAAACCCUACUCGUGUAAGGAAUGUGGGAAGUCUUUUCGGUUGCGUCAGAAACUUACUCUUCACCAGAGCAUCCAUACUGGUGAAAAGCCCUUUGAGUGUAAGGAAUGUAGGAAGGCCUUCCGACUUAAUUCUUCUCUUAUCCAACAUCUGAGAAUUCACUCUGGUGAGAAACCCUAUGAGUGUAAAGAAUGUAAGAAGGCCUUUAGACAGCACUCACACCUCACCCAUCAUCUGAAGAUCCAUAGUGCCAAAGUGUAGCAAAGUCUGAGCGGUCUUACUGAACAUUCUGUGAGUGCUACAGCUGAUCUCGUUUGCUCACACUGACCUGGCACAGGUUUUAUACCAUUAAAGGAAUAUGCUAAUUUAA